GUCUCUGAAUUUUAACUGGGCCUGCUCAGUGUUGUACCGCGCUUUUCUUGCUGCCGCCGAUUACUUUUCGUAUUUUUCUUAAACCGCAGCGUUAUUUAUUCACCAGUCGACACGCAACCGUCAUAUAAGCCUGUGCAAUGUUAGAUCAUGUUUGGCAUUGGCUUAAAUUUGUUCUGGAUAUUUAGGGUGGCCAUAUUUCAAAGUCCUUAGGCCUGUGCACCCUCUAAUGCAGACCAGUUCAUCCCCAAUAAUAUUUAAAGUGAUACAGUUUUCUAGCCACGAAAGCGUAAUAAUUUGUGUGAUUUUAAAUUAGGAUGAUGUCUCAAUUUAACGUAUUAAUACCCGAGAGGGUACACACAUCAUCAAGAAUUUUACAGCAACAGUUUAUUCUUAAAAUUCAUAGAUCCAAGACUUAGACACAAUCACUGAAAUGGAUAUUUAGAGUACUGAAGCCAGACUUAUUCAAGGCACUAAUGGUCACUAUAAUGAAUACGUCUGGUGGCGAUUCACUGGCGAUUGCAGUUGGCACAAGUAGCUCCUCAAUAAAUCACAUGGUGUCAGAUGAUGAUGAUGGGUGCCCUUCCUCGCCAGGGUCAGCCCAAUUUGAUGAUGGAGGAGACCUUAUGGCGGCGGCAAUGGGCGAUGAGGUGACAGCCCAGCUCGCUGCUGCAGGUUGGCAAAAUGAACAUGGACCAGUAGGUGUAGCUGCUGCUGCUGCUAUUGUCUCUGCCAAAAAAAGGAAACGCCCUCACUCAUUUGAGACUAACCCGUCCAUUAGGAAACGUCAACAGAACAGGCUGCUUAGGAAAUUAAGACAAACAAUUGAUGAAUUUGCAACUCGGGUCGGGCAGCAGGCUGUAGUUGUUGUGGCAACACCAGGGAAACUACAGAACAGUUUCAAAGUUUUUGGUGCAAAACCUCUGGAAGAUGUGGUGAAAAAUAUCCGCUCAGUGAUAAUGGAAGAACUGGAAAAUGCCUUGGCACAACAAGCACCCCCACCGGUUCAGGAUGAUCCAUCACUAUAUGAGUUGCCACCUCUUAUCAUCGAUGGCAUACCGACGCCAGUAGAGAAGAUGACCCAGGCCCAACUCAGAGCCUUUAUACCAUUAAUGCUCAAGUAUUCAACGGGGAGAGGAAAGCCUGGAUGGGGACGGGAAUCCACCCGACCACCAUGGUGGCCAAAAGAAUUACCAUGGGCAAAUGUAAGAAUGGAUGCUCGCUCUGAAGAGGAGAAGCAGAAGUGCCGUAACUUGCAGAUCUCGUGGACUCAUGCACUCCGACAAAUUGUUAUAAACUGCUACAAGUACCACGGGAGAGAAGAUCUGCUCCCAGCUUUCAGUGAAGAAGACGAGAAAGCGAACGCAGCAGCUGCCGCAAACGCAGGAGUGACGGGAGGAAGUGGUGGAACAGGGACUGCGGGAGGUGGAAGUGGCGGGGGAGGAUCCAGCGGAAGCGGUAGUGGAUGCAGCAAUAGCACGGUGGGCACGGUGCUAAAAUUACACAGCCACAAACUUCAGACCGUGACACAUGGCCCAGGUGCAGGUGGCAGUGGGGGGGCAGGAGGCAGUAUCGCCACCGCACAACUUUCCACCACCUCUCCCAUUACUGCCACUACGGCACAGGUGACAGCGCAGUAUGCUCCAACUGUGCUUCAGACUAUCAGUAAUCCAGAUGGUACAGUGUCAAUAAUCCAGGUUGACCCCAGCAAUCCUAUUAUCACACUACCAGAUGGCACCACAGCACAAGUCCAAGGAGUGGCAACUAUUCAUACAUCUCAAGGAGCUGAUGGCACACCUACGGUUCAUGCUGUGCAGGCACUUGCUGAAGUUGCGACUGCGCAGAGUGAUGGUUUGGCUGUUGACCUGAACAAUGUUACUGAGGCCACCCUAAACCAGGAUGGACAACUCAUCCUUACAGGCGAGGAUGGCCAUGGUUAUCCAGUGUCAGUAUCUGGUAUGAUCACAGUCCCAGUAUCGGCAUCGAUGUACCAAACUGUUGUUGCUAACCUUCAACAAAUACAUACACAAGGUGAUGGCAGCAUACAGGGAGAAGAUCGCCUGUUCCAGGUGGUGACGCCCAUGGUACAAGUCCCUAAAGUGGAACCAACGAACGGUUCAGAGACUGUAGACACCAUUACAGUCACACCCCAGUUGAUGGGAGCCACACAUCAGGUUGUAGCAAUGAGCAACGAGCCGCAAGUACUUCAAGUGCUGUCGCUUAAAGAUGCAGUCCUAGCAAAACCUAUUGUGACCUCAGCAGGAGAGGUGAAGGAGGAGGUAGCGGCUGUCUCAUCGGACCAAUAGGGAUGCAAAUUUGUGUGAAUGUGUGUGCAUGUGUGCGAGUGUGUUCGUGAGAGAGAAAGUCAAGUGGAUUUAUGUCUGUUUUGUGCUGCAAGAUGAACUUGUGUACCUGUAUGCUUCAUUCGUUUUCCUUUCUGAAAGGAAAGAAAUCGUCUGGCUUUUACAGUGGGUAAUAAAUAUACAAAGAAUUAAAUUGACAAAAAUGAUUUUAAUAUUACAGUCAUCUUAUAAACAGUUCGCAUGUAAUCAAUAGUGUCUAAGAGCGCUACUAUAUUGAUUAGUUUCCGAUGUAUUUAAAUUUUUUAUUUUUUGUAUUAUCAUCACUUCAGAAUUAAUCAUGAUCAGUAGAACUUUGAUAAGUCCAUAAAAUGUUGUGAUUAAGCAUAACCACAAUUUCUGAACUAAACUACAAAAUUGACACAUGAAGAGCAGUUUUGUAGCUGAGAGAACCUUAGUAACAGCUGUUGCAUUGCCUGAAACAGUAGAAUAAAUUGUAUUUCAGUAACAAUCUGAAUUUUCGCCAUUUUUGUUACACUACAAAAGGAUAUAGUUUCUUGAUUGUUACAAGGUAUUGAUUCGUAGUGUGUGUGAAAAGUAAUACAACUGAAGAGCUUGUGAGUGCUUUCAUUUAUCUUCACUUUUCCUAUGUUUGUUACAAAAUGUUAAAUGGUUGUUUGCCGUGUGUGUUACGUGUUUGUGCCCAUUGUAAUAGUCUUUGGUCCUUCCAGAUGACAGAAAUGGACAGUGUGAGAUUAUUAGUCCCAAAAUCUCCUCCCUAUGGUAAGAGUUUAAGAAUCUCAGGAUAGGAAAACUAUUAAACAGACAGUAAACUUUAGUAUAUAAAGUUACCAUGGUAAGAAGUAUUUCAGGAAUCUCUUCUCUGACCAUUUUUCAUGUAUGAUUGAUUGCUAACAAACCAGGAAAUUGAGGACACCAAAGUUAUGUGUAAGUGAUAUAUCUGUACAUAUUACAAAGAAUUCUCAGUUCAGAUGUUGUGGUUGGAUUUCAGUUCUUAAAUAGUAAGAAAUAUAUAGUAUUCAUAAAGAACAUAAUCACUGCACAGUGCCAUGGAAAUGCUAGACAUUCUUUUAUUUACCUUUCAGUAAUAAAAGAAUUCAAGGUAUUUUCAGGUAAAAGCCAUACUUUUUAUUAUGAAAGGAAUGAUUAAUUACUUUUCUGUAAUUUUACUAUACGGACGCGGCCAGUCAGACCCUUUGAAUUUUAACAAUUUGUUGGAAGCUGAUUAUUGUCCUCAAAUUUUUAGUCAUUUAAAUAGUUCCUAAAUGUAACAUUUUUAUACAGUGUUUAAUAUAAAAGAGCUGUAAUGUUCGUGGUUUUUUGUUAUAUUAAGGAGAGCAGAAAAAAUUUGAGUUAGAAGAAUUCAAUUUAUAUGUAGAAAAAUUGUAUGUGGUUUACUAGUUUAUGUACAGAAGUGUGAAAAACAUCAUUUCUGCAUAUGAUAGCACUAUUCCUGUAUUUGUUCAGGUUUACCACAGACAUACAGUCUCUCACUGAACUUAAAGCGUACAAGAGUUCUGAUUUUAGAGAACUGGCUGAUAUAAACAUGAAAACAGUUCAGAUAUUUUGGACAGUGCUACCAUGACAUAACUUUCUUAGAAUUGCCAUUCAUUGUCUUUUACUGUCACAUAUGGAUGUGUAGGAUUAUAAGGAGAAAUCUUGCUAUGCUAGGAAUGUACAAGGUCAAGCAAAUAAGUUUUUAGACUAAUUUUUAAAAAUUUAUUUUAAGAGCUGCAGAUAUUAGCAAUCUAGAAUUUUUCUAAGUAAUCUCCCUCCAAUUCUUCACAAUCUUCCCAGCACUUUGGCCAUUGUUCCAAGCAGUUUUUAAAAUCCUGGACAGGAAUGCCAAUUUUUUUCCCCACAAAUUUAAUGUCCCCAGCGUCUAACAAAUGCUUUCCUUUCAGCACACUCUUUAGUUUUACAAACAGAAGUCAGCUGCAACCAAUUCAGGGGAGUAUGUUGGAUGAACCAUGCAGAGAUGCCUUUUCCUGCACUUGAAGUGAAAAAUAUGCUGGUACCUUGUUGUAAAGAAUCAGUGAGCGAUCUCUCCACGAUUCUCCUUGUCUGCACCUCAGCAUCAAUAAGCCUUUUCGACACCUCCACAUAGAAUGUGUGAUUAACAGUAGUCCCCUCAGGUACAUAUUCAAAGUGGAUAUACCCCUGAUGUCGAGGAAGCAGAUCAGUGUUGUUUUGAUCUUGGACUUUUGACAUCCAUGGCUUUUUUGGCUUUGGAAAUUCUUCAAUCUCCACUCCCUAGACUCUCAUUUGGCCAGUUGGAGAUUUCUGCGGUUUAACACAAAAUUUCAUCACAUUCACUCUGUGUUCCAUCAUAUGCUCCAUUUUCACAUCUGGACAAAAUUUACAGUGCACAGUGAUCUAAUGAGCUACUGUUCAAUGAAUACUGAAUGCAGCUUAUCCAGACUCUCCAUGCUAGCUCUGUCUUCUUGUGUCACCUAACAUUCCAAAUUACGUUGCCAGAUCACCCAGUGCAAAACUAAAAAUGAGUCUUGAAACUUAUUUGCAUGUCCUUGUAUAGUAGAUGAGAAAGGACCUGACUGUGGGAGAUAGCUUCUUGCAUUUUGUCCAAACUGUGAGCUUUGUCAAUGAAUGGUUGAGGUAUACCAUACACUAGCAUAUUGUGAAGGUUUUGAUUUGGGCAAAGUGUUACCUUACAUCAGCGAGUCUAUAGGCUGUUACUCUGUGCUGUUUCCUUUUCUCAGCUAUCCAGUCUACUCGUACAGUGACAGUUGUGCUUAGAUGUAAACCAUAGAAUCAUUUUUAACAUGUUGACUCUAGAGGGAAUUCAUCUACAAAAAUUCAUGAAAGAAGAAGAGAAUGGAAGGUGGGCUCUAAGGAGAAAUUGUAAAGUCCACUUUCCUGUUGCACAGCUUUCUAGUCCUACAUAUUGUGUGUUGCUGAUGUUGUCUUUGUAAUCCAGGAUUGAAAUGGAAUGUAGAAUGUGAGUUUGUGUUCUGAACUCUUGUACAUUAUCUUAUGAUUGAAUCCCACUUUUGUCACAUUUCUUUUAAUGAUUAUUGGUUGAAAAUGUUAAUAUGUUACAGAUUAUUAUUAUUAUUAUUAUUAUUAUUAUUAUUAUAUUGCUAUCACCACCACCACCACAUUUUCUGGGAGAACAUUAAUUAUAUACAUUUUCAGUGUACACUAGAUUUGUCAGAUACAGCAUCAAAGUUCAAUUCAGUCAUUGUGUUUGUAAUUGUUGACUCACAAAACAAUAUUUUGUACAUAAUUUAUAGUUAUGUGUAUGCUCUGUCUCCAUACCAAGAUUCACAUAUAUAGCUCCAGUGGUUCAUUUGUUAUUGUUGUCAGACUGGAAGUUAAAAAGAAUGUUUUCCCAUAACCAUUAUGUUGUUUUUCAUUACUCCCAAUCAAAAAAAAAACCUUAACAAAAAAGGCAUUUUUCAUUGAUCUGUUACCAUAAAUCAUUUUAGGCACUGAUAUUAAGUGACGUUCAUGUUAGUCCCACACAAGUUCAGGUGUCUGCCAUAUUGAUAUUGAUGUAGCAAAUUGAAAAGCAUGAGCUUGGUGUGGCUUCUUAUGAUGCAACCUUCAUAACCCCCCCCCCCAAUUAAUAAUCUAAUAAUACUACUUCUGUUUUCCCUAACAAAGGAAAGUAGAAUAAUAAGAAACACCAGACUCAAAUAUUUGUGUCCCAGACAGAUUUGAAAAUGUCAUCUCAGUAGCCAGAAUUGCCGCACUAACAUAUACAGUUGUGAGAGUCAACUUUCAUUAAUUUAACUGCUUUGCAAAACAGAGGUCUCGCAUAAUUUAAGUUUAAAUGCGUAACAUUAAAGAUUAAAUCAGAGGAAUGUAUUACUUCAUAGUAAAGCUUGUUUUAAGAUCUAAGAUUUGGAUCUUAUGUGGGAACUGAGUGUUUGUAGUUAUAUGCUUUUUACUACUAUGUUGAAGCAGUGACAUGUAGGAGAAUUCUUCUGAAGGAAUAUGCUUAGAGGUUGUCCUGCACCAAAGGAACAACCUGUUGAUGUAAAUGUUGUUUUUGGAUGAUUUGGGGUGGGUGUUUUAUUAUAUGAAGCACUGUUAAGUUUAAGAUUUAUGUGAUUGAUUGCUUAAUUUGUGUGGUAACUGAGAAGAUAAUCUUGGUUAGGAAACUGCUCCCAGCACAGAUACUGUUCGGGCCUGAAUUACUGUAUAUCAUUUCCUAAGUCUAGAAAAGUAAGUGAACAUGUAGUCUGAUGUGCAUACUUUCUGGGACUGCUUAACCACUGGGAUCAUGGGUUUGAAUUCCUCUUGGGGCAUGAGUAGAUGUCUGUAUUUUCUGUUACAUUGGCCUGUGUAAGUAGAGGCCUUGCAAUGGGCUGAUACCCCUUCCAAGGUGCCCUAAGAAUUAUCUAGAAAGUAUGCAUAAUUUCAGAAGUUAAUUCUUAGUUGGAAGAAGCCAAAGGGCAUAUUUACAAAACCUAAAUAAGUGCAGAAAAAGAACAGUUGGGUAGAUCUUCUGGUUUGAAGAAAGCAUCAACCCCUUUUCAGCAGUUUCAUUUUAGUGUUGUAGACUUAAAUGCCCUUUUGAAUCAGUCCUGGUCCCUACAAAUAUAUUGACAAUAAAACUCAAAACAAGAUGGCAAUCUGUUUAUUAACUUUGUGGCCUGUUCAAAGUUGUGAGAUUCCGGAGUUGAAAUUAGUUUCAUAUUGACUUCGGAUGUGUUUCCAGCAUUCAACAAAUUGUUAAAAUGAAUCUGGCAGUGUGAAAUAUCUUGAUACAUAUUAGUGAGAUUGAUCCAGGGCUAAUGGAUAAUCUCAUGAAGCAACCAAAUAGCUCAGUUUUGAGUUGAGCACUACAUACUGUGUAUGGAAGAACAGUAUAUAUGUUUUGCAUUUAUACUGAAGAUUGAGUGUGUGACUGUUAUUUUUCUGUCUUUACCAGAUUUUUUCUUUGUGUCUUUAUUUUCGCUUCAUGUGAUGAUUGUGCCAUAGAAAAUACCGGUAGUAUAACGACACUGGUCAUGAAGAUGUGGUGUGUUGCAGUUUGCAGUACGAUGCCGUUCUUGUCGUCUGCAUUCUGUGUCAAAGGCAGUAUUUGGAACGUGGAUUUCACAGGUCGUAUGCUGUUUCUUCAGGGAACGGAAUUAAACAAAUCAGGUUCAGUUUUCACUGAAAAUAGACUGAGUUUGUUAUCUUUGUUUAUAAAUAUGUAAGAUGUGCAACAUUUAAAUUAACUGUAAGGUAUUAAUUGCCAUUAUGUUUGCAGGCUUCUUGUCAUAUUUGUCACUGUGCAUUAACGAUUGUGUCCAGUCAGCAAGAUUUCUGUGGAAAAUCUGCCUAUUUACUUUAACUUGUAAUCCUUCAAGGGGACCAGAAUCUGUGAACACAGCAUUACUUUGUGUUGUGGUCAUGUUGUGUUGUAUAUCUUCAGUAAGUACACUGUGGACUUUGCUUUCAUCUCCAACAGUUUAUCCAUAAUGUACAGUUUUCAUACUUUUUUUAUAUAACUUCACUAUUUAAACUUAUCUUUGAAUGCAUACAUAUGCAAUAUUUUGUUGACUUCUUAAUAGAUGAUUUACAGUUUCCAUUAUGUAAUUUAAUUUCAUGAAUACCGCACAAUCACUUUAUAACAUUUCUUUCUUAUAUUCCUGCCAUAAAGUUUGAAUAGAUGUGUGUCAUCCAUUCAAAUAGCCUGUGCCGACACUUUUGCCACUUCUGUCGCCCUUGUUAACUGUACAGAAUUAGGAUUUAUGGUUUCCUUAACCCUUAGUGUGAGUAUUUCCAAAGAAUCAAAAUUUACUGGCACAUAACUUCAAAAGUUAUACCUUGGUAAUAUUUCAUACAUUUGUAGUUUUUCUCUGGGUUGAUACCUAAUUUCAUUUGCUGUUUAUUAACCAGCUGGAUUAUUUGUACUGUGAUUCCAAAGUUCUUGCAUUUGAUAAUGCAGUCAGUUAUAGUGUAAUUAAAUCAUAUGAAAAUAUCUGUCCUCUGUAUAAUGUGUAAUAUUAAUUUCUGCAUUUGUUUUCGGUGUGCUUGAAUUAUGUUAGGUUCAUUUGAAUUAUGCUCAUCUGUUAUCAUGUAUCUUGUCACCUGGACACAGUCUAACUAUGCAGAAAUGGUUUAAUUUUUGGCGCCUUUGGAAAAUGAAUAUGAGGACUCUGAAUUUCGCACGUCGCUGCGUGUGUUGUGUACAAAGUCUUUUAAUUUAUAUUUGUUGAGUCAGUAGCACAGUCUGCUGCAUGUGAUGUGAAAGCAGAUCAGUGCUAGGUUAUUUAUGGUGUCCUGUUCAGUGACGGAAGAAAAAUCCUGUCGGUUAUCUAAAGAUAAGCAAUCCCAGGCAUGUGCAA